CUCUUUAUUCGUCUCAACAUUUCUCCAUCUUUAAGCCCCAAAUUUGUGGUAGAAACCCUAGAAAAACUAUGGGAUUAUGAGAUUGGGGCGAUUCAAAGUGCUCCCUCGUUAUCGGUAGCUGCAACAAUUUGAACUAGGAAGACAGAAAAGAUACGUAUGUGGGUGCAUUGCCUCCUACUUAUCUUGGGAGAUGCAUGAGUCAUUUAUAGUUACAUAUAAUAAGUGAUUGAUUGAUUGGAAUAGGAAUGGCUGAUGUGCAAGAGAGGUGGUGUGUGGUGACAGGAGGAAGAGGCUUCGCUGCUCGGCAUUUGGUGGAAAUGCUGAUUCGAUACGAAAUGUUUCAUGUUCGUAUUGCAGAUUUAAGUCCAUCCAUUAAGCUCGAUCCUGACGAGGAGGAAGGCACUGUUGGAAAAGCUUUGCGAUCAGGCCGUGCUCAUUAUGUAUCCAUGGAUCUUCUUCACAAGUCCCAAGUACUCAAAGCAUGUGAAGGAGCCGAGGUUGUCUUCCACAUGGCUGCUCCAGAUUCAUCCAUCAACAACCACCAGCUUCAUCAUUCCGUUAAUGUUCUAGGGACCAAGAACAUCAUUGAUGCUUGUGUUGAGCUAAAAGUGAAGAGACUUAUUUAUACCAGCUCUCCCAGUGUGGUGUUUGAUGGAGUUCAUGGUAUUAUCAACGGGGAUGAAUCACUGCCAUAUCCUUCUAAGCAUAAUGAUUCCUAUUCUGCUACUAAAGCUGAAGGAGAGGCUCUAGUUAUCAAGUCUAAUGAUACUAAAGGGCUCCUGACCUGCUGCAUUAGACCUAGCAGUAUUUUUGGCCCUGGCGACAGGUUGUUGGUUCCAUCACUAGUUGCAGCUGCAAGGGCUGGAAAAUCUAAGUUCAUUAUUGGUGAUGGCAACAACAUGUAUGAUUUCACUUACGUAGAAAAUGUCGCGCAUGCUCAUGUAUGUGCCGAACGAGCUCUUGCAUCAGGGGGUGCAGUUGCAGAAAAAGCGUCUGGCCAGGCGUAUUUUGUCACAAAUAUGGAGCCCAUAAAGUUUUGGGAGUUUGUUGCACUUAUUCUUGAAGGUCUUGGCUACGAAAGGCCAAGAAUUAAAAUUCCUGCUUCUGUUAUGAUGCCAAUUGCACAUUUGGUGGAGUUGGCUUAUAAGCUGUUGGUGGCAUAUGGAAUGAAGGUUCCACAGUUGACCCCGUCAAGAAUCAGACUCCUAUCUUGUAGCAGAACAUUUAGUUGUUCGAAAGCAAAUGAUCGCCUUGGCUACACACCAAUUGUCCUACUUCAGGAGGGCCUAAGGAGGACUAUUGAAUCAUAUCCGCAUUUGAGAACUGAACAGCGGCCAGAAAAGGAAGGCCCUUCUAAAUCUUCUCUAUUUCUCGGAAGUGGGAGAGUUGCUGACACACUUCUUUGGAGGGAUAAGAAGCAGACAUUAACAGCAGCAUUAGUUGUGGCUGCAAUAUAUUUCAAUUUCGUAGCUUCUGGUGUCACCAUAGUGACUUCUAUAUCACUGAGUCUGUUGUUGGCAUCAAUUUUCUUGUUCAUCCAUGGGAGACUGCCUCAAAGAAUAAUGGGUUAUAAAAUUGACAAGGUCCCCAAAUCAUACUUCCAUGUAUCGGGAGAGACAUCGCGCCAAGUUGCUCUGUCAGUGGCCUCAGGGUGGAACUUUGUAGUGAAGGGUUUAAAAAAUCUUUGUAAAGGGGCUGAUUGCAUGUUCUUCCUUAAGGUGGCUCUCUCUCUAUUGAUUCUAAGUAUCCUUGGAACCAUUUCUCUACGGAGUUUAUUUGUCAUAGGUACCAAGACUGCUAAUAAUCUCGAUGCCACAUUUGAUCGCAUCAGCGACAAUUUUGUGGACAUGAAAUGGCAUGUUGAAAGGCUACACCAAUUGGCAUCCACACUUAAACCAACAAAUCCAAAACCUAAGGUCCAAACAUCUCGCGAUAAGAGCUUCCCGAAGGAAGUUGCUUCCCAAGCUUGUGAAGGACUUUCACACUGAGGUAAAGACGAACAUACUCAUGAAUGUGAAGGUAAAAUAGCUAACUCCUACACUUUGGUGCAUGUGAAUGAUGAUCGUGUGGCUAAUAAGCCGUUGAGUGUAAGUAGUAGCUUACCUACAUAUGAGUAUAUCGAUUCCUUGUAGGGGUGUGCAUCGGUUGGUUCGGUUCGAUUUUACAUGUUGUUGGUUCGGUUUAUCGAUUUUCGAUUUUUAAAUAUGUAAAACCAAUAACCAACCAAUAAGAUAUUUUCUUAUCGGUUUUGGUUUAUCGGUUUUUGGUCCUUAACGGUUUGGUUUUCGGUUUAACCAAUAAGAAAAUGCUUAUAAAAUAGAAAUAGUAACAACUAAAAUAAAAAAUAAAAUCUUAAUUACCCCAAAACCUAUGCAAUGCAUUUUAGUUUACAAGAAUCUUCAAACUUGAAAUGAAUGUUAGUUAGGAAACAAAUUGAAUCUUAAUUGUUGGAAGCUAUAAAUGCUUCAACCUUUUUAUUACGAUAAUAGCCGAACUUUAUUUUGUGCCUUUAUUGCCCUGAAUAGGUUAAUACUUUGUGAAUCACUGAAUUAUGAAUUAGUAGUGCAUAUAAUCUAUAUACAUCUCUCUCUCUCUCUCUCAUCGGUUGGUUCGGUUUUACAUGUUAUUGGUUCGGUUUAUCGGUUUUUGGUUUUUAAAUAUGUAAAACCAAUAACCAACCAAUAAGAUAUUUUCUUAUCAAUUUCGGUUUAUCGAUUUUUGGUCCUUAACGGUUUGAUUUUCGGUUUAACCAAUAAGAAAAUACUUAUAAAAUAAAAAUAGUAACAACUAAAAUAGAAAAAUAAAAUCUUAAUUACCCCUAAAACCUACGCAAUACAUUUUAGUUUACAAGAAUCUUCAAACUUGAAUUGAAUGUUUGUUAGGAAAAAAAUUAAAUCUUAAUUGUUGGAAGCUAUAAAUGCUUCAACCUUUUUAUUACGAUAAUAGCCGAACUUUAUAUUGUGCCUUUGUUGUCCUGAAUAGGUUAAUACUUUGUGAAUCAUUGAAUUAUGAAUUAGUAGUGCAUAUAAUCUAUAUACAUACAUCUCUCUCUUUCUCUCUCUCUCUCUCUCUAUAUAUAUAUAUAUAGAGAGAGGGAAAUUUAAAUAUAUAACAUAAAUAAGGAUAAAAUAAUAACUUAGUGUAUCCUUAUUGGGUUAUUGGUUUAACCGAUAACCCAAUAAGCUAAAAUUGAUACCGAAAUAUUUACCCAAUAAUUUUUUUUUAUAAAACCCAUAAAAAAUCGUUAACCCGAUAACCCAAUACCAAUAACCCAACAACACUUUUAUCGGUUUGGUUUAUCGAUCGGUUUGGUUUUUGCACAGCCUUAAUUCUUUGCCACUUAUGAAUAAUGUACAUGUUGUGCGAGAGGAUACACUAGUUGAUCCUAUAGAUAGCAGAAUCGACUGUUCUAAUAAGAUCGAUUUGUGUUUAUCUAGUGUUAAAGCUAUUGUGUUGAAUGAAAGUACACCAUCGUGUGAAAAUUGCGUUGGCCAACUUGUGUGUAAAACUUGCCCACCACUUGAGGAUAUGUGUUGUGUGAUUAAUUAAUCUCAAGUGAGUGAAGAAUUUGAAAAUGUUGGUCAACAAAAUGGGAGUGAAACCGAGAGCUAUUCUUGGGAUAGUCUUGUACUUGAAAUCUCUUUGAAACUUGAUAUUGAUCUCUUAGAGGUUGAAGAAUGUGUUUUUUCCGAAUCUGCCCGUGAAAUAGAUCAUGCUCUAUUUAGGUAUAAUGUCUUGUUUGAAGAUGAUAGAAACACUCCUAAUAGACCUAGUGGUGAAAAUAAUGGUAUAGCUUGUCUUGGAAGCUAUAGCCUAUAUGUUAACCCACUAUGGUGUGACCACAUUCCUCCUAAAGAUGGAAAUCUCUUCUUGAAAUAUGAGAGUACUCUUACAGGUAAGCAAUGUGAGGUCUUGGAAACUACUUCUUCUUUUGCUUUGUAUGGCUUUUCCGAGAACAUCAUAGUAGAAGUAGAAUUGAGUUCCACCUUUCUGUACUCUCUCUUUACUUGUGAUGAUAUAUAUGCCAAUAUAGAGGGUAAGCCGUGUGGUUGUGGUAAAGACUACGGGAAAUGGGUGUAUUGUCUAGACCCGUGUCUAUGACCACUCUUCCCAUUUGAUCCCGGUGCCCUCAGGGUGGGGAUGAGUUACUUUCGGCUUAGGUGUAUCCUUUCUAGAUUUUCUUCAUAACCAAGUCCUUGGUGCGGUUGUCAAUGGUUUCCUAAUGUGUAACUUCAAGGACUCUUGGUUGUAUGUCAAGUAUGAACUGCCUUGGCAUGUUUAGACUUGUUGUUGGCCGAGACUUGAACUCAAAGGGUCCUCAGUUUCUUUUUUUUGGUGUGGCCUAUUUUUUUUUUGGCUUGUUUUGAUACAUUUGGUAUCCCUUAUUUUUGAUACAUCCUCAUUUUUUUUUUGGUGUGGACUGAUUUGAGUGCAUACCAUUAUUGUUUAUUUUUGCUAAUCCUAACCCUCAUGCCAUGAGGAAGUGUGCUUGUUUGUCUCUCUUUGAUUUUACAAGGCAUGGAUUCGAGGUCGAAUUCUUUUUGAGGAGGGGAGGAUGAUACAAGUAUGACCAGAAAGAUGGAUGCAUGUGAGAGUGUAAUGAACCCGAGACUUGGAGUGUAUGAGGGAAGGACUUAAAACACACCAAAUCGACUCUAAUCUCACACUUGGAGUGUAAUGAGGAGCCUUGGAACACAACAAGGCAACCCUUAAAUACACUUGAAGGGCACCUAGCUCUUAAAAGGCAUUCUGGUCAUUUUGUAUUUUAUUUGUAACCUAGUAUAAAUAGAACAUUGUAGGACUUUUAGACUUAGAUUAUUCAUGAUGUUGUAAGUCUUGAAACACAAAGAAACACAAGUUCUCUCCCUUUGGAGGCACAAAAUCGAAACUAGGCAUAGAGUGUGGAUUCACUCUUGUUGAUCUCAUGGCUUGAAAACGUGAUGCUUGGGAGAUGGAUUCCGACCUUGUCUUCGUAAGAGAUAGGUGAAUGUUGUGUGUAGUGUUAAGGGUCCAAGAGUGGAAUAUGCUCUUGGAUUCUUAAGAUUAUACCUUCAUUAAGUCUAUCUAACUAUCCCUUUAUCUUGUUGUAAUUGUGUAGUUUAUGUUCUUGUUAGUGUAAAUCGUGGCUUGUUGUUAAUGUUCAUCGUGUUCUUCAUCUUGUAGUUAUUAAGCGAGUUUUUCGUUCGCUGCUAAAUAAGGUGUUAAACACCUCGUAUCCUUGUUACUCUUGUUAUUCUUGUCUUGUAUUGUUGAAUCCGAGUGUGGUCAUCAAAUAGGUCUACGGGUUCUUUAAACUAGUGGACUGUUUUGGUGUUCGUUUCGUGUUUCCAUUGUUUUCUCAUAUCACUGGUUGAGCUUCCAAAGAAUACGAGGGUAAUAAAGCUUCACCAAUAAAAGCCACGACGCCCAGUGACUUUGGAAGAAUUCUUACCAAGUUGGUUUCGUGUAAAAUUGCUCAAGUCAACCUUGAGGCAUCUUGUUUUAAUACUGCCAAAGAGGGGGAAAAGGGUAAAAAUCUACCUAAGAAAAUUCCUUCAUCUUCUAAAAAUCUUGCUGAAACUCUUGGCCAAGAGGCACAUGUAUGUGAUACAAAAAUCACAUUUACAAAAAACGAUCUUCUGCUUGGUGAAACCCUACAUAAUCGUCCUUUGUACAUGGUAGGUCAAGUUCUAGGGAAAAAGAUAAAUAGAAUACUAAUAGAUAAGGGAUUCGGAGUCAACAUCGUAUCUAUUCAUACAAUGAAGGAACUUGGCAUCGCUACUGACGAACUUUUCAAAAGCCAUUUGAUAAUUCAAGGCUUCAACCAAGGGGGUUAGAGGGCCAUGUGAUCUGUCAAAUUAGGGAUUCAUAUGGAUGAUUUUCGAUCAAAUGAGUUGAUGCAUGUAAUCGAUGUCAAUACUUAAUACAAGAUAUUGCUUGGUAGGCCUUGGGUACACAAGCACAAAAUUAUCUCGUCCUCUUAUUGUCUAUGUUUGAAGUACCUCUAAGGCGGAGUGGAAAGAAAGAUAGUUGUCGAUGAUAAGCCAUUCAUUGAAGUUGAGGCACACUUUGCCGAUGCAAAAUUCUACUUGAAGAAUUAUGUUGUGGAUGAGAAAAGGGUUGAUGAUGUCACCAAGACCAAGUGUGAUGAUAUUAUAGCUAAGAGGGUCGCGGUGAUCGUCAAAAAAGUCGCCACCAAGAAACGUCUCUCUACUUCAAAUAAAGAAAGCAUCACAUGUUUGAAAAAAAGGCAAAUCCUAUUCUCUGCUACGUACCAAAGGUAAAGAAAGUAAAAAAAUCAUUAAUUCGAUGUGCAAGAUAAUGUGCUAGAAGGGAUAACUCUACCUAUCAAACAGAUUGAUGCAAUAAAUUCAUCCUCAAGGAUACUGGAAGAAUUUAUGGCUCAAAAUCCGCCACAAAAGAUAACACUUCCUACGAAGCAUACAAAAGAAGGCUUCGACCUAAAUGCAUAUAAUUUAUUUAUGAAGGUUGGAUAUAAUCCUAAUUAGCCAUCAAGGUUGGGAAAACUUUUGUUGGAAGGUACAACUAAGCAGAAAUGUGAAGGCCUAGGGUACACGCAACCACCUCUAAUUCAUAUCUCCAUAAGAAGUGCUGUUAGUGACUACAUCACUGUAGAAGAGGAGUCUACUGCAUCCAAUAAAAGGCAUUCUGCUUUUGAUCGAUUGGGAAAACCAACUACAAGAACUUCUAUUUUUUAGAGGUGGGGUCCACUAAAUACCAAGAAAAGUAGCAAGCGUCGUAGAAAUUGUCUAAACACAGCAAGACACUCUUCACCUACGAUCCAGAAAGAUUUCCAAAGUUUGAUUCCUUCUAGAAUGAGGCGACAUAUGGAAUUGGUGGUUUCAUGUGAGGAGGUGUUAAAAGCAAAGUCAAAUACUGUGAUUUAUACCAAGAAACAUGAGGAAGAUGAAGAAAGUGUUGGCUUCUCAUAUCAUGUUGCAACCCAGAAUGAGAAUGAUGUCUCAUCUCAAAUGAAGGUUGAUGAAGAGCUAGAAGAUAACUUUCUGGUGUUACCACAUAUCCAUCAACGAUAUGAUUCUCAAAAGGAGGAAGAUGCUGGAGAUGCUCCGUCGCAACUCGAAGAAGGAGUGAACGCCACACUAGAUCCCUUGAAGGAAGUUAAUCUUAGAAUUGAUGAAGACCUAAGACCAACUUUCCUAAGUGCAUUUCUAGAAAUAGAGAAGGAAAUUGCUUAUAUGGACAUACUCAAAGAAUAUAUUGAUGUCUUCGUUUGGAAUUAUAAGGAAAUGCCUGGCUUCGAUACAAAGGUAGCAGUUCAUUAGUUGGCGGUCAAGAACGGGGCUCGUCCUAUUAAGCAAGACCAAAGGCGCUUUAGGCCAGAGUUGAUUCCAUUAAUUAAAAAUGAUUUUAAUAAACUUAUUGAAGCUGGCUUUGUUCGUGAAGUCAAAAACCCCAUGUGGAUUUCAAGUAUUGUUCCAGUACGAAAGAAGAAUGACUAAAUUCAAGUUUGUAUCGACUUUUGGAAUCGCAACAAUGCAUGCCCUAAGGAUGAUUUUCCAAUCCCCAUACCAGAAUUGAUGAUUUAUGCCACUACUAGUUGAGGCAAUGUCCUUCAUGGAUGAUUUAUCCGGCUACAACCAAAUUCGUAUGGCGCCAAAGAAUGAAGAGCUCACUGGAUUUUGUAUGUUUAAAGGUAUUUAUUGCUACAAGGUGAUACCUUUUGGUUUGAAGAACACUGGUGCCACUUAUCAAAGCGCUAUGCAAAACAUCUUUGAUGGCCUACUCUAUAAAAAUAUUGAAUUCUAUGUGGAUUACCUAGUUGUGAAGUCAAGAAAGAGAGACGACUACUUAAAAGACCUAAGAAUGGUAUUCGAGUUGUUUCAAAGAUAUCAACUUAGGAUGAAUCCGUUGAAAUAUGCCUUUGGAGUUAUUUCUGGAAAACUUCUUGGCUUCAUUGUACGAAGAAUUGAAAUUGAUUAGGCCAGGGUCGAUGUGAUUUUGAAAAUGCCCAAGCCUUGAAACAUUCAUGAGUUAAAAAGUCUUCAAGGAAGGCUAGAUUAUUUAAGGAGGUUCAUCUCAAACUUGGCCAGGAAAUGUCAACAUUUAGCUGUCUCAUGAAGAAGGAUGCUCUUUUUGAAUGGGACCAAACUUGUAGUAAGGCCUUUGAGAGUAUCAAAUCAUUGAUGAUGAAGCCUCUAGUUCUUGAGGCACCUAUACCUAGAAAACCGUUGAUACUCUACAUCGUAUCACAAGAAAGGUCAGUUGGUGCACUACUGGCAUAAGAAAAUAGCGAAGACAAAGAAAACUCUCUUUACUAUCUGAGCGGCAUGAUGACACCAAAUGAGCUGAAUUAUUCUCUACUUAAAAAUUUGUGUUUGGUGUUGACCUUCUCAAUCCAAAAGAUGAAACACUACUUUCAACCUCAUAUUGUCCCUCUUAUGUCUAGGGCAAAUCCCAUCAAUUUUGUAAUGUUGAAACUAGUCCUUAGUGACCGACUUGCAAGAUGGUACCUUGAAUUUCAAUAGUUCGAGAUUGUGUUCAUUUUUCAAAAGGCUGUAAAGGGACAUGAAUUGUCAAACUUCUUUAUAGACCACUCGAUACCUGAUGAUUGGGAACUAACUAAUGAACUUCCUAAUGAAGAUGCAAUGGUUGUUAAAGCCAGAACCCCAUGGAAGAUGUACUUUGAUGGUGCCAUACAUCGAGGUGGAGUUGGUGUUGGUGUGGCAUUUGUCACUCUACAAGGAUAGGUCAUCCCAUACUCUUUUACCUUGAUAAAUCGUUGCUCUAAUAAUGUUGUUGAAUAUCAAGUGCUAAUACUAGGACUUGAGAUGGCUGUCCACAUGAAACAACUACAAUUACAAGUCUUUGGUGACUCCUGAUUGGUGAUCAAGUAGCAUUUUGAAAGUUGUAAAGUCAGAAAGCCGGUGCUAUAACCAAAUCAUAAUUAUGCAUAGAAGUUGAUGGGAUGGCUUGGAAAAGUAACCCUUCAGCAUGUGCCUAGAAAAGAAAGUAGGCAAGUUGAUGCCCUAGCUGCAUUAGCAUCAAACCUAACUCUUCCAGAUCAGACACGAGUUACUAUCCAACAAGAAUGAGUAAUACCACCACCAAAUGAUGAUGAAGAUGUAGAAAAUAAGGUUGAGCACCUCGUCGCUGUGUCUGAAGCCAUGAAGAAAGAUUGGCGACAACCAGCCAUUGACUACUUGUGUUAUGGCAUACUUCCAGAAGAUCCAAUAAGAAGGACUGUCAUCCGUCGUCGUGCGCCUCUCUUCCUUUACUACAAAGACACGCUAUACAGAAGAUUAUUUGAGAGAGUACUCUUAUGAUGUUUGGGAGAGAAAGAAGCAGUUCAAGCUUUGCAAGAAGUGCACUCGGGAGUUUGUGGAUCUCAUUAGUCUUGACCAAAGCUUUAUUUUCACAUUAAAAAAAUGAGGUAUUAUUGGCCAACGAUGGUGAAAGAUUUCUUGGACUAUGCUAGAAGAUGCAAAGCUUGCCAACUCCAUGCGAAUUUCAUACAUCAAUAUCUUGAACUAUUACACCCAACUAUAGCAUCUUGGACAUUCAAUGCUUGGGGAUUGGAUAUUGGUAGAUCACUAUCGAAAUCUUUUGGUGGACACUUCUAUAUCUUGGCCGCGACAAAUUACUUCUCAAAAUGGGUCGAAGAUGUUGCUCUCAAGGAAGUAUAGAAAGAAAAUGCUCCAAGAGAAUAUCAUCUACCGCUUCGGAGUUCCUCAAUACAUAAUAACCGAUAAUGGCAAACCAGUUGAUAACAAGUUGAUGAACAGGGUUGUUAUCUCUUUGGUUUCAAGCAGUGUAAGUCUUCUAUGUACAAUGUUGCCACCAAUGGCCUAGCUGAAACAUUCAAUAAGACUUUAUGCAAUCUAUUGAAGAAAGUAGUCUCCAAGUCUAAACGAUAUUGGAAUGAGCGAAUGAAAGAAGCUUUAUAGGCAUAUAGGACAACUUAUCGCACACCGACAUAAACAACUCCACACACACUUGCUUUUGUAGUUGAAGCAGUCCUUCCACUUGAGCAUCAAAUACCUUCUUUAAGACUGGUUAUUCAAGAAGGGCUCACUAACGAAGAGAAUGCUAAGUUGCAUCUUGCAGAGUUAGAAGCUCUUGAUGAGAAGAGGAUGGAAUCUCAACAAAAUCUUGAAUGUUAUCAAGUCUGUCUAUCUCGUUCUUUCAACAAAAGAGUUUGGUUGAGGUGCUUCCAAGUUGGAGAUCAAGUCCAUGCAGUAAGAAGACCUAUUAUUACUUUUCUUAAGUCUGGGGGCAAAUUCAUCCAAAAGUGAGAUGGACCAUAUAUCGUACAAGAAGUAUACAAAAAUGGUGCUUACAAGCUUCUUGUUGUAGAUGGUGCGGAAACUGGUCCUAUCAAUGCCAAGUUCUUGAAGAAGUAUUAUCUUUUAACAAAGAUGACACUCCUUAAGGCACGGGUAUAAACUGUAUGUUCACUCCUGGCCGCAAGAGUAUAAAAUGCUUACUGUUCAAAACAAGAAGCCUGCUAGAUUGAAAACCUCGAAAGAGGUGGCCUAGGAAAACGUUAGGAUGCAAAAAAACACUCAUCCAGAACUACGUUGUGACUUGAUCCUCUUUUGCUGAGGUACAUAGGCACUUGAAAUUUCAUUCAGCUACAUGAGUGUCAAAAAAUACAUCUUCCUGCUUGUCUGCCAUAUGAAAGUGAAAUUUCAUUCUGAGUUCAGCUACAUGAGUUUCAAAAAAUACAUCUUCCUGCUUGUCUGCCAUAUGAAAGUUAACUUUGCAAAUCUUUCAUUUAAAUUUUGUACUUACGCCAAAUAUUAGUGGAUCAAUAGGGGCAAACUUCAAUGGAAUAUGAGUUUUGUUCACAUAAGUUGAAGUCUUCAAAUUCAUUAAGUUUCAUGUUGAAACUUUUAAAUUCACCAUAUUGAAGCCUAUACGUUCACGGGUUUAUCCUUAAACGGAUUCAAAAUUUCCAUGCCUUAAGGUAGACAAGACUUGUCCCUUUACACCUUAAGCUGAUCCCUUGACGGAUUUUUCCUUAAAAGAAUCUCAAAAUUUUAAUGUCUUAAGGUGGACAAGAUUUGUCCCUUCGCAUCUUAAGCUGCUGUCUUAUAGGUUUAUUCUUAAAAGGAUCUCAAAGAUUUCAUGCCUUAAGGUGGACAAGAUUUGUCUCUUUGCACCUUAGCUGGACUCCCAUGGGUUUAUCCUUAAAAGGAUCUUGAAAUUUCCAUGCCUUAGUGUGGAAAAGAUUUGUCCCUUUGCACCUUAAGUUGGUCUCUUCAUGGAUUUAUCCCUAAGAGGAUCUCGAAACUUCUAUGAACUAAGGUGGACAAGAUUUUUCCCUUUGCACCUUUAGCCGAAAUUUUGAUGGAUUUAUUAUAUAAAAUAGCUAAACUUUUCAGGUCUCAAGGCGAUGGGGGCAAAGUUAAACUCCUGCACCUUACGUUGACCAUUGAAAAAGGACCAUACUUGAAGUUGAACUUGUUAGGUCUCAAGGUAAAGAAAGCGAAUAAACUCUCGCACCUUAAGUUGACCAUUGAAAAUAGACCAUAAUUGAAGCCGAACUUGUUAGGUCUCAAGGUGACGGGGGCGAAGUUAAACUCUCGCACCUUAAGCUGGCCAUUGAAAAGGGAUCAUAUUUGAAGCUGAACUUGUUAGGUCUCAAGGUGACAGAGGUGAAGUUAAACUCUCGCACCUUAAGUUGACCAUUGAAAAAGGAUCAUACUUGAAGCUGAACUUGUCCGGUCUCAAGGUGACGGAGGUGAAGUUAAAUUCUCGCACCUUAAGCUGACCUUUGAAAAACGACCAUACUUGAAGUAGAAUUUGUCAGGUCUUAAGGAAACGGAGGCGAAGUUAAACUCUCACACCUUAAGAUAACUAUUUAAAAGAGACCGUACUUGAACCUGAACUUGUCAAGUCUCAAAAUGAUGUAUGCAAAGUUAAACUCUAGCACCUUAAACUAACCAUUGAAAAGGGCCCAUACUUAAAAGAAGACCACUGCAUAAGUGCAUUGGUAAAAAAGCCCAUACUUAAAGAAAGCCAUUGCAUAAGUGUAUUGGUGAAAAGGUCCAUACUAAAGAAGACCAUUGCAUAAGAUCAUCAAUGAAAGAGACCAUACUUAAAGAAGACCAUUGCGUAAGUGCAUCGGUGAAAGAGCCUAUACUUAACCAUUGCAUAAGUGCAUCGAUGAAAGGGCCUAUACUUAAAGAAGAUCAUUGCAAAAGUAUAUCAGUGAAAAUUCACAUACUUAAAGAUGACCAUUGCAUAAGUGCAUCGGUGAAAGGGAGCAAACUUGAAGAAAAGUCACCGAUCUUGAAUUCAAAUUGGUCGAUCUUAAGGUGUACAAAGGAGAAGUUAACCUCUACCAAAUUUAGUCAAUUGUUGCACAUUGUUAUCUGCUUCGAUUCUACAAGACGAAAAAGGGACAACACAGAGAAAACACAAGCAGGAGAGAGAUUGGUACCUGGCAAGACGUUUCAAAAUUGAAAAUCAUGUAUCACCAACUUGGAUUGAGAUAAAAUAUUAUGGUGAGAAUGAAACCCUUAGAACUUUAUUUGCAACAAUCAAAAUAUCCUUUGAUGAUGACAUAUCUGCAUCAAGAUAUAAAUUAUUUGGUGAGACAACGCAAAUCUAAAAUUAUCUGCUGGACAGAAUUCAGGAUCAACUUAAAAAAAUGACUAGAAUAAUUUUGAAGAUCAUAAAUUCUAAAUCUUGGAUAUGUUUUAUAUAUAUGUUUCUGGUAUCUACAAAAUCAUUUGGAUCAUGAUUUCGAUAUUCUCAUAUUGAGAUAUAAAUUUUCUGAUGUCACCGCGCAAAUCUGAAAUUGCUGGUGCAUCAAAAUCCAUUGCUGAUUGUGAGAUAAUACCUGAAAAUAUAUCGAAGGUAUUAAAUUAUGAAUUUCGGAUAUGUUAUAGAUCGUUGUGUCUAGUUUUACAAGAAUGAAGCGGCUUAUUAUUUCGUCCUUCCUACUUCAAGAUAUGCAGGUUUUGGCAAAGAUGCGCGCGCAGAUCUGAAAUUUUUAGCAUGAGAUAAUUAUCAAGAAUUAUAUUUGAAGGAUUUUAAAUCUGAAUUUUGGAUAUAUUAUAGAUCUCAAAGUCUAGUUUCUGAAAUAUCAAAUGGUUCAUGAUUUUGAUAUUUCUACAAUGAGAUAUGAAUUUUCUAUCACUAACAUGCUGGCCUGAAAAAAGAUGACAGAAAUAAAAGAAAAGUAGAAGGAAAUGAAAUUAGCUCAACAUUAUUCAUGGCUUGAAAACCCCAAAAUUGAUAUUAAAAAAGUAGGGAACCUACAUCAUUUUAAGAGUUGUAGGGUAGUUGUUUCCUUCUCCAAUAUAAAUUCAAAUUGAAAGAGUUUUUAUCUCCAAUAUAAAUUCAAAUUGGAGGUUGUUUCUUUCUUCAAUAUAAUUUCAAAUUGAAGGUUGUUUCAUUCUCCAAUAUAAAUUCAAAUUGUGUUGGAACCCUUGGGGGUUGCACCACAUAAUGAGGGACCAGGUCCCUCAAAGUCAAUCACACGCAAUAGAAUAGUAAAGUAACUGUAAGGUGCUGGAAAAUGCAAGAAAGUAAAAAUAUAGGAUCUUUACAUGGAAAUCUAGGAAGGGAAAAACCACGGUUUUCCCCCACAAGCACCUUAAGAAAUCCAUUAUAAUCAACCUCCUGAUUACAGUCUAGAUUUUAUUCUAACUCUAGGCUCCUUUUGCUAGUAGCAACUCUACUAUCAACUCAUCUUGGUAACUCUACCAAAGACUCUCUCUAUUGAUUAACUCUAAUAAGUCACAAGCUUAGGCAACUCUACCUAAGCACCUCUCUCAAUAAAUGAAAAACUCUACUCUUAUAGCAGGAGUACUUCAGUUACAAAUCAAUACUCACUCAAGAACAACUUUAAUUUAAGCUUUCAUAAAUAGCUAAGAACUUGAGCAUUGUUGGAACUGGGUUUUUUGUUGCCUCUUUUCAGUCUUUUCAAUUGUAAAAGAUGAUUUGAUUAUGAGGCAUCUCUUUUCUUUUAUAGCUGAGUGAUGAUUAGGAUUGAAAGAUCAUUGGACCAACUAUCCUAAUAAGUACAAAAUAGUACCUAUAAGUUUGUUACACAAGAGGAUAAAAUUGUGCAGAAAAUGUGUGCCAGCUGUACUGUAUCUUGCAUAUCAAGGUAAUGCGUGCCAGCUGUACUGUAUCUUGCAUAUCAAGGUACCUUGUCCCUUGCAGGUAGAUGCUCAUCAUUAAAACUAGAUAUAGGAAUUUUAUCCCCUUUUUAUGAUGAAAAAUCAACCAUAAAGCUUUGAGCAUCAGUGCAUAUUCAUCAUAUUUAAUUAGUGUGAUUACCACUUGAAGAUGAAUGUUCCCCCUAUCAUCAUGCUUCCUCUAUCAGGCAACAUAGGGACCUGGUCCUUUGUUGACAUUUGGAGCAAAAACUUGAGCACAUUUGCUCCCCCCUGCCAUUAUGCACCAUAAUUUAUCAUUUGUAUACUUCCCUCUGUCACCAUGCCACACAUGACCACACACUUUCUUAUUUCAUCUAUUCAGCAAAUCAAUUACUUCACCUAGUACCUGGUCCCUACUACAUGAACUAAAUAUUCCCCUUUUUGGCAUCACUGAAAAGUGAGUAUUGUAAACCAAGAGUAAUAGUAAGCAUAAGUUAGUUAACUCAUGGCCACCGGGGCAACACUACCAUGAGGAACACUUUUAGGGCAAAAAUAGAUAAAGAGCAUAAAAGCAAGAACCCAUUCAUGUUAAACAGAUCAUGUAUCAUUUUAGUGCAAGAAGUACAUUUCAAGUUCCAUAGAAAAAGCCAUAGAAAUUAGAGAAAAAGGUGGAGGAUUUUUAGAAAUAAGGUCAUCUUAGGAUAGUGUAGCAAUUCAAGCUCAGAAGCCUCAUUGGUUAGAAUUGUAUCCUUCACAUUGAGUUCAUCAUUUUCUCGCUCACUGGUUCUGUAUUUUUUAAUUUUACACUAACACUCACCAAACUUUUGUAUUUUCUAACUUUUGCCUUUUUUUUUCUUUUACAACCCCUACUAGGUCAUUAUCAGAUAUUUUUUUUAGGACUAGGUCCCUCAGAAAUCUGGUGCCUUUUAAUAGGGUUUUCAGAAUUCACUUAGGAGGCUUUUGUUUUCAGGCAGUUAUUAUGUUUCAAGGACUAUCAAAACUUUCUUUUACACUGUCAAAAGGAUAAAGUAUUUUCAGAGAUAAAACUUCAUUGGAAGGGUAAGUAAAGAAAGGAUUUGUCUUUGGAUAAUUAGGAUAAUUGGUUUGGGUAGGGUCUAUUGAGUAACUCCAAAGAUGAAUUUGAUUUCAAUUUUUCCUAGGAUAGGGUGUCUAGUAUGGAGAUAGAGAGUGUGAUCUUUUUCAAUAGAACAAAAAGAAAAAUAUGCAUAUUCGUGAUACUAACCUGAGAGAUGGGACCAGGUGCCUCUCUUUGUUUGAGUAAUUUCUCAAAUUUGUGCAUACUUCAUCUGUUUUCUUCAAAAAUUGUUCCCAUGGAUGUAUAUAUGCAAAGAUAUGAUACUGAGUUAGACUAACCAGUACAUAAUGCUAACCAGUACAUACUUUACCAAGGAUACCUGUCUCCUAAUCAUAGCCAAUUUUGUGGAGAACUACUGAUUCACAUGGUAGGUUAGGUUAUUUUGAUCAGGCCUAACUUUAGCCUGUUCUUCUUAAGUUGUUCCUUGUGAAGUACCUUAGUAAAAACAUUUGCUAUCUGAUCCUCAGUCUUGCAGAACUUCAGGCAGGUUGACCAUUUCUCAACAUUGUCUCUUAGGAAGUGAUAAGUCACAUCAAUGUGCUUGGUCACUCUUGUGCUGCACUGGAUUAUUGGCCAUAUUUAGUGCACUUGUGUUUUCAUAUAUUAGUGGUAUGGUGUCUGAGAAAAUACCAAAAUCUUUUAAUUGUUGCUUGAUCCAUAGAAGUUGUGCACAAUAAGAAGCAGCAAUAAUAUAUUCAGCCUCAGCAGUAGAUAGAGCAACUGAGUUUUGCUUCUUAGAUCCCCAGAAGAAUAAGGAUGAGCCAAGAAAAUGUGCCAUUACUAAAGCACUUUUUCUAUCUACCAAAUAUCCUGCAUAGUCAGCAUCAACAUAGCCUACCAAGUCAAAACUGUCUCCUGAUGGAUAGUAUAGGACCAGGUCCCUUAUCUCCUUGAGAUACCUAAGAAUUCUUUUUCAGCUUUCAGGUGGGAUUUCUUUAGGCAUGCUUGAAAUUUAGCACACAUUCCUACACUAAAAACAAUGUUAGGCCUACUUGCAGAUAGAUAUAUCAAGGAUCCAAUAAUCUCUCUCUACAUUGUCUCAUUCACUGAAGGAACUAACUCAUUAUUGUCCAUUUUUUAGCGGGUUCUAAUUGGGGUAUCAAUUGGAUUGGAAUCUCCCAUGUUAUACUUUUUCAGUAGCUUCUUGAUGUACUUCUCCUGAUAAAUCAUUGUCCCUUGAGAAGUUUGCUUAAUCUGUAGACCUAGAAAAAAGUUCAAUUUACCCAUCAUACUCUAUUUCAAAUUCAUUUUCCAUCAGUUUAGAAAAUUCUUCACAUAGGGAUUUAGAAGUAGCUCCAAAGAUUAUCUCAUCAAUAUAUAUCUGAACAAUGAAUAGACUGCUACAUCUGGUCUUUAAGAAUAGAGUGUUAUCUAUUUUCCCUCCUUUGAAGCUAUUUUCAUGAGAAACUUUGAGAGUCUCUCAUACCAGGACCUUAGUGCUUGCUUCAAACCAUAAAGAGCUUUGUCCAAUUUAACUACAUGAUGAGGAAAAUCUGCAUCUUCAAAACCUGGUGGUUGUUUGACAGAUACUUCUUUCAAGUUUCCAUUCAGGAAGGCACUCUUUAAAUCCAUUUGAAGUAGUUUGAAUACCAUGUAUGUAGCAAAUGCAAUAAGUAUUUUGAUUGCCUCUAUUCUUGCUACAGGGUCAAAGGUCUCAUCAUAGUCAAUCCCUUCUUCUUAGUUAUAGCCUUGAACAACCAGUCUUGCCUUGUUUCUGUUGAUAGUUUCAUUUUCAUCUUGCUUAUUCCUAUAUACCUAUUUGGUCCCAAUAAUUGUUCUAUCAACAAUCCUAGGUACCAAAUUCCAAACUUUGGUUUUUUCAAAUUGAUGAAGCUCUUCUUCCAUUGCAUUAAUCCAAUCAGCAUCUUUCAGGGCCUUCUUUACAUUCUUGGGCUCAAUUUGGGAUAAAAAGUCUGAAAAUGCCAUAGCAUUCCUGGCUUGAGCUCUUGUUUGAACUCCAGUUUCCAGGGAUGUGGUCAGGUUAUCAAGGGGAAGAGAGGAUUUGUGCCUCCAAUUUUGCCUUUUGAGAUUGAUACUACUGGGACCUGGUCCUUGUGAAUUCUAACUGGUUUCCUCUUGUUGUUCUUUUAGUGGAGAUGGAAAUUGUGGCUGAGAUCCUAGAUCAUCAUUGCUGUCAUCACUCUCAUCUGCAUCAUUAACCCCUUGAUGAUCAUCUUCCGUAAUAACAUCUAUUUGAAUAGGAAUGAGUUCUUCAUUUUCUGAACUUUCACCAUCUCCAGUGUUCAUUUGACUUCUUGACUCAUUAAAGAUCACAUGAAUACUUUCUUCAACACACAGAGUCCUUUUAUUGAACACUCUGUAAGCCUUUCUAGUUGAGGAGUAGCCUACAAACACAACUUCAUCACUCUUGGAAUCAUAUUUUCCCAAUUCUCUGUUCCCAUUAUUUAGUAUAAAACAUUUGUAUCCAAAAGGUCUGAAGUAGUCUAUCCUAGGCUUCCUAUUGAAUACCAACCCAUAUGGAGUUUUAUUUAGAAGUAAUCUAAUCAAACAACUAUUAGUCACAUAACAAGCAAUAUUCACUUCUUCAGCCUAGAAACUGUUUGGAAGACCACUAUCAAUUAGCAUAGUCCUAGCAAUCUCUAUGAGAGUUUUGUUUUUACUUUCAACAACUCUAUUUUUUGUGGAAUUUUGGGAGAAGAAAAGUUGUAACUUAUUCUAUGCCGAGCACAAAAGUCAUCAACUUGAGAAUUCUCAAAUUCAGUCCCAUGAUCAGACCUAAAUUAAGUAAUUUUGCAAUUUAGACUCACUUGGAUUUUCUUGGCAAAAGCCACAAGAACCCUAUAUGUUUAAUCUUUGGUUCUUAUAAACAUUGUCCAGGUGAACCUGGAAUAGUCAUACACAAUGACCAGCAUGUAUUUCUUCUCUUCUAUACUUUGGACUUUGAUAGGUCCGCAUAAAUCCAUGUGUAGUAUUUUAAGAGGUUUGGAAGUACUUACUUGUUCUUCAAUUUGAAGGAGGAUCUGGUCUGUUUAACUUUAACACAAGUAUCACAUAGGUUGUUGUCUGAAAAUUUCAGCUUUGGCAGGCCACGGACCAGGUCCCUUGAAAUCAACCUGUUUAACAAGAAGGAACUCACAUGCCCUAAUCUUCUGUGCCACAAAUUAGCAUCUUCACCUUGUGCACUUAAACAAGUUAAUUCGCCAUCAGCCACAGACUCCAAAUCAGCUAAAUACAUGUUCUUGAUCCUUUUGGCUUUGAGAAUAGUCUUUCCAGAUUUCAUGCUUGGUACAGUGCAUUCAUCAGAUGAGAAUUUUACCUUAUUUCCUUUGUCACAGAUUUGAGAUACACUAAGAAGACUGUACUUUAGCCCACUCACAUAAUACACAUCUUCUAUUACAUGAUGAGGUGAUUUCCCAAUCUUUCCAAUACCUUGGAUGUAACCUUUUUUGACAUUUCCAAAAGACAUACCUCCCCCUUGAAGUGCCUUAAGAAAGAGAAAACAAUCAACCCUUCCAGUCAUGUGUCUAGAACAACUACUAUCCAUAAGCCAGUUUUGGUUGUCAUCUCCCCUUUCUACCAUAUUUUCUUCUCUAUCUACAAUAGUGGCUAUCAGAGAGCUACAGGAUCCUGAGAUUAUUUUCUUCUCACCAUGUUUCAACACGAAACCAUCUCCAUCCUCCUUGUCUUUCUCAGAUUUAUUUGAGAAGUCUUCCUAUGCAGCCAACACCUUCUUUAUUAUACAGCUAGCUGCAUCUUUUAUUUUUGAUUUUUCAUGAUUUUGAUAAUUUUUUUUGCUAAGCUAACCACCCUUUUUUUAUAUCUCUAACAAUCCUCAUUGCCAGAAGUGCAACAUCAGUGUUUUCUUUUCUUGGGCCAGACUCUAAAGCCUUCAAGGAUAGGAGUCUCUCCCUUCUUGCUUCUUUUCUUUCCACCUCUAGUUCAGUUAUAGUAGCCAUGAUGAUAAGAACACUCUAGGUAUGAACCUUUUAGAGUGAACUUGCUCUAAUACCAAUUGUUGGAACCCUUGGGGCUGCACCACACAGUGAGGGAACAAGUCUCUCAAAGUCAAUCACAGGCAAUAGAACAGUAAAACAACUAUAAGGUGCUGGAAAAACAAAGGCAGUGCAGGAAAGUAAAAACACACGAUUUUUACGUGGAAACCCAGAAAGGUAAAAACCAUGGUUUGCCCUCACGAACACCUCAAGAAAUCCACUAUAAUCAACCUUCUAAUUACAGUCUAGAUUUCAGCCUAACUCUAGGCUCCUUUCGCUAGUAGCAACUCUACUACCAACACAUCUUGGUAACUCUACCAAGGACUCUCUCUACUGAUUAACUCUAAUCAGUCACAAGCUUAGGCAACUCUACCUAAGCACCUAUAUCAAUAAACAAAAACACUACUCUAAUAAUAUGAGUAAUUUAGUUACAAAGCAGUUCUAACUUAAGAAUAUUUUCAAUUUAAGCUCUCAUAAAUAGCUAAGAACUCGAGCAUUAUUGGAACUGGGGUUUUUGCUGCCUUUCUUCACUCUUUUCAAUUGCAAAAAAACAUUUGAUGAAGAGGCAUUUCUUUUCUUUUAUAGCUGAGUGAUGAUAAGUGCUGAAAGAUCAUUGGACCAACUGUCCUAAUCAGUACAAAAUAGCACCUGUAAGUUUGUUACACAAGAGGAUAAAACUGUGUAGACAACGCAUGCCAGCUAUACUGUAUCUUGCACAUCCUGGGACCUAGUCCCUUGCAGUUAGCUACUCAUCAUAAAAAAAAUACAUAUAGCAAAUUGAAAGAGUUUUCAUCUCCACUAUCAAUUCAAAUUGGAGGUUGUUUCCUUUUUCAAUAUAAAUUUAAAUUGAAGGUUGUUUCCAUCUCCAAUAUAAAUUUAAAUUGGAAGGGUUUUAUUCCUGAUUAAGGCGGUGAAAAGUGUUUCAAAAUCUAUUUGGAAUUGGACAAAGUUAAGAUAUCUUAGAAGUGGACAUCAUUAAGAAAUUCAUUAUUGGAGUUAGAUAUCAUGUCUCACCAAUGGAUCUUACGUGUAGAAAUUCAUGAAAUAAAUUGAGACUAAAAAAAAGAAAAUUUUUGAGAGGCAAUAUAAAUAUGCAAAUUGCAUGGUUCAACUUCAAAUUUUCUCAACUUAUGAAAUGGGGUGUUCAUAUGUAUGAAAAUCUUUGAAGCAUGAAGGAAGCAUAUUUAAAUAAUCAUACUUUAAGUCUAGUCUCUAAAGUAUACACUCGUCCAACCUUAAAGUAGGAGGUAUUUUAUGGGCAACAAAAUUUUAUAAAUUAAAAUCCAUACAAUAUUCAAAUUAUAGUAAAUUUAAAAUAUAUUUAUCUCAAAUAAAUAUUGUAUAUUGCAGAUCAGUAUAAUUGAUUUAGUUAUUUAAGUCCAAACAUGUAUGAAUUUAAGGAAGGUUCAAUUUUUAUUGGACUAGCCCAUUGAUUUGGGCUACAAAUGAUGAGCCCACUUUGUAAAGCCUAAGGUAUUGUCAUAUUAUAGAGUCCAAAUAAGUGUCACGUAUUGAACGAUGUGGCAUGGCAAAUCAAGUGAAGGAGCCAAUAGGACUAUGCCACUUGUCAAAAUGAUGCAGCAGGCCUAAUGAAAUCAAAAGUCCGUAAAAGGCGUUAUGUCACUUGAAUCUGAUUGGUCAAAAGAAGUUCAUAUUCACCAUGACUCUUUACUUUCUACAAUGAUAAAUAGAGGUCUCAUAACUCAGAAAAAGGACCAGAAAAUCUAACAAGAAGUAGGAGAAAGCUCAUGGAUCAAACGCCACAAUUUCUCUACAAGCUCAAGCAUUCAAAUUCAGUUCAUCAAGAUUCUAGAUCAAGACCACAAGAUUCAAGAACAAGCCCCAAGGCCCUUGAAUUCAAGUACAAGUCAAGAUCAAAUCCAUCAAAUUCACAAAUCA